CCUCACAUUGUGAAAAUGAUGGUAGUCUCCAGAAAAGAGCAUCAGCUCCUCAUCGCUUAUGAGUACAUCCAUGGUGCCAAUUUGGAGGAGAUUAUACACAAAUCAUGCCCCAUCAAGUUGAAUGGAAAUGACAAAAUGUUUGUUGCCUUGGAAAUUGGAAUGGCAGUUGAAUACAUUCACGGAAGACAUAUCAUCCAUCAGGAUAUCAAGCCAGCAAAUAUCUUGGUUUCUGAAAGGAGCAAGACAGCCUACCUCACAGACUGGGGGCUGGCCAACAUGAAGGAUUCUCUGGCUCAGUUCGGAGCUGCAGCUCCAGGGGAGAUGUGCGGUCCUCGAUACGCAGGAAGUGAACUGUACAUGGCCCCAGAACUCCUCCUGAACAACGAACGCUGCACCAGCAUGUCUGACAUGUGGUCUCUUGGACUUACGUGUCUGGAGAUGUUUACAGAUUCUGAGCCCUGGGUUCUGAAUAAUCGUGGUGCGUUGCCAGGACUCCUCUUGAAACAGAGGCUUCCUCAUGCACUGGCUAAACUGCAGUCAUGUCUCACUGAGAUUGUGGAGCCACUGGUGGAAUAUGAACCCCAGUUACGCAUGAAUGCCACAGCUCUGGUGACACGCCUGAAAUCAAAAGUUGAUCUCGUGAAGAGAUACGGGUUCAACUUCUGAUGUAAGAAUCACCAUCCAGUGCUCUCCAUCCAAACUCUUAAACUUUCUUGCAAACAUCCAAAAACAA